GAAUGUUUUCUGGUUCCUUUUAAGUAGUCAUCUUCGUUGCAAUAUGUCGAAUGAAGUCGUUGUUAUACUUGAUGCUGGAUCACAGUAUGGAAAGAUCAUUGACCGCAGAGUCCGAGAGCUUAACGUGCUCACAGAUCUUCUUCCUUUGCAAACGAGCGCCUCUGCUAUAAAGGAGAUAGGAUGCAAAUGCAUCAUCAUCUCUGGAGGUCCUUCCUCUGUUCACCAGGGAGAAGCGCCAGAGUUUGACUCUGAGAUUUUCAACCUUGGUCUGCCGGUGCUGGGUAUUUGCUAUGGCAUGCAACUGAUUAACCAAGUCUUUGGUGGUACUGUGGCAACCACUGAGUUCAGAGAGGAUGGUCAGUUCGAAACUGAACUUGAUAAAAGUUGUGCGUUGUUUAAAGGUCUUGAUGUGUCAUGUCAAACUGUUCUGCUUACUCAUGGUGACUCGGUACAAACAGUUGCGAAAGAUUUCUCAGUGGUUGGUAAAUCAGAUGCUUUAGUUACUGCCAUAGCUAAUAAAGCAAAAAAUAUCUACGGUGUUCAAUUUCACCCCGAAGUGGACCUCACUGUUUGUGGAAAACAAGUCAUGAAGAAUUUUCUUUAUGAUAUUUCAGGUUUAAAAGGUAGCUACACUGUGACUAGUAGAGAAGAGGCAUGCAUACAGCAAAUUAAAACAACUAUUGGGAAAUCCAAGGUUUUGGUUCUUGUGAGUGGAGGUGUGGAUUCUACAGUGCUUGCCACGCUAUGCUACAAAGCAUUAGAUGCAACGCAGGUGGUUGCGAUCCAUGUGGAUAACGGUUUCAUGCGAAAAAAUGAGUCUCAAGAAGUUCUGAAAGCUUUGAAGUUGGUUAAUGUUGAUGUUAAGCUCGUGAAUGCUUCCAAUACAUUCUACAACAGCACAACCACUCUCUAUGUGAAACAUGCAAAGCAUAAGGAGAGAAAGGUCAACAGUCGAGUUCUGUGUCAAACUCUUUAUCCUGAAGAAAAACGUAAAAUUAUCGGAGAUACGUUCAUGAAUAUUGUUGACAGUGAAGCUCAUGCGCUCGGACUUACCAUUGAUGACUGUUUCCUUGCACAAGGAACUCUGCGACCUGACCUGAUAGAAUCCGCGUCGAAACUUGUCAGUUCAAAUGCAGAUGCGAUCAAAACGCAUCACAACGAUACAGAACUUGUUCGGGCUCUCAGAGCAAGAGGAAGAGUCCUCGAACCUCUUCGUGAUUUCCACAAAGAUGAAGUCCGGAUGCUGGGGAGACGACUGGGACUUCCGGAGGAUCUGCUAAUGAGGCAACCAUUCCCGGGACCUGGUUUAGCAAUUCGUGUGUUGUGCGCAGAAGAACCUUUCUUGUGUCCUGAAUUCUCACACACACAGACUGUUCUUAGACUUUUAGCUGCUUAUAGCAAUUCUAUUAAUAAACCACAUGCUCUGCUUCAGAAAAUCCAUGCAAUCAUAUCAAGUGAACAAGAACGUGAGAAAUUACAAAAAUACACUGACCGCUUCCCAAUGAAAGCUGUAUUACUGCCAAUUAAAAGUGUUGGAGUGCAGGGUGAUGGUCGAACUUACAGUUACGUUGUUGGCUUGUCGUCUCCCGAUCCUAAACCAGAUUGGGAAGCUUUGUUCUUCAUGGCAAAAACGAUUCCCCGCAUUUGUCACAAUGUUAAUCGAAUUACCUACAUAUUUGGCAACGUGGUUAGUGAACAGAUACAGGAUAUUACACCAACUGUAUUGUCAUUCAAUGUCCUGUCAACAUUACGUCAAUGUGAUCAUGUUGCUCAUUCUGUAUUGGUGAAACGCAACUUGGUCAAAUCGAUAAGCCAGAUGCCGGUUGUUUUGCUUCCACUUCAUUUUGAUCGCAACAUGCUCUUCCGUGGACCUUCAUGCCAGAGAUCAGUCGUCAUUCGUCCGUUUAUCACCAAUGACUUCAUGACCGGCCUCGCUGCUUAUCCAGGAACACACAUCCCAGAAGAUGCUGUGCUGGAGAUAGCAACCUCCAUCAAGAAGGUUCCAGGUAUCUCAAGAGUCCUGUAUGAUCUUACCUCCAAACCACCCGGCACGACCGAAUGGGAGUGACAACUGAAAGCGGACAAUAGGACCACAUAAAGAAACAUGUUAAAAAUUAAUUAAGGAAACUGAUUUUACCCAUCUUCUUUCUAUGCUGCUUGGUUACCUUUUAAUGCCCUGAUUCCUAUAGUAAAGCAAUGUCAUUUGUAUUUGUUCUCCUUUUAAUUUCCUGAUUACUAUAGUAAAGCUUACAGCAAUGUCA